GCAGCCAGCUCCAGCUAACCGACUACCAGUUUGUGGCACGUGUGGAUGUGCUCAUCGUGGAGAGUGCCUAGCAGGGCAGAAUGUCUGCUAUAAUUGCAAGAAGCCGGGGCAUAUGACCAAGGAAUGUCCAGACAGGCAGCAGCCUCAGCCUCAGGCUCAGCCUCAACAGCAGAGGCGAGCGGGGCAGCAAGUUCAAGUAUAUUUUGUGGACCAGGCUCAGGCAGAGGAGAACCCAGGAACCAUGUCUGGGAUGAUUAUUUUAAAUGAUAUUCAUAUUUUUGCAUUGUUUGACACGGGAGCAUCGCAUUCUUUCGUGUCAAAACGAUGUAUAGAAGCCAUAGGAGUUCAACUCCUUGACACUGUUGAUCCUCUUGAGGUAAGUUUAGCCUCAGGACAGAAAAUAGUGACGAGUUCUAAGGCAGAAAACCUUAGACUCAAUAUUGGGGGGCGAAUCUUGGAGAGGAUGAAUGCACCAAACUUUGCGGGGACUGAGAACCCCACAGCGGUGCUGGAGUGGAUCAAAGAACUGGACAAGAUCUUCACUGUACUUCCCCUCCCUGACCGUCAGCGGGUAUCCCUUGCAGCUUAUCAGAUGAAAGAGGACGCCUCCGACUGGUGGAUUGACCACUGGGCCCGGAGGCCAGAGGCAGAGCUUCAUGCUCUCACUUGGGAGCAAAUAAAGAUGAUGGUGCGUAGAAAGUUUCUCCCCAAGAGCUUUUGGGACAGAAUGGAGCAUGAGUUCUACCACUUGCAGCAGGGCAGUUCCACGGUGGAUGAGUAUGUCCGUACCUUCACCUGCAUGUGCCUUUUUGCAG